CACCACCCAGCCGGCUGCCAUUGACUCGGUGUUGCCCUUGCGACUGCCAGAACCUCCGAACUGGAGCGCCGCGUCUCUUCGCCAAUUCCGGUUCCGCAUCGCGACGACGGCCAGCCACCCCGCCAACGACGACGACGCUCACCACAAUGUUCGCCCCAAGCCGAAGGAGGGUCCUUGAGGCCGUUGCCUCUUCCUCAUCUUCUUCCGUCGUCACACUCCCCGGCUUCCUCGUGCCCGCCUUCCAACAGACUGCCGGUGCCGCCGCCCGGCGCAACUUUUCCGCGACGACAACCCGCCCGUCCAAGCUCGGCCGCACCCCUCUCAGCAUCCCUCCUGGCGUCGAGAUCACCGUUGGCGAGCCCUUUGUCAAGCGCGACAUGACGCAGUGGAAGCAGCAGCCUAAGCGCAAGAUUACGGUGCAGGGCCCGUUGGGACAACUCGAAAUGGACAUUCCCGACUUCAUCAAGAUCGACCACGACGCCGAGGCGAGGAGAGCGACCCUCAGCGUAGCGAACCGGGAUGAGAAGGAGCAGAGAGAGAUGUGGGGAACGACAUGGGCGUACCUCAACCGCUUCAUUAUGGGUGUAUCAGAAGGUCACACGGCCGUGUUGCGCCUGGUCGGUAUCGGUUACAGAGCUACAAUCGACACCCGCCCCGAGAAGGAGGAAUACCCCGGCCAGCAGUUCGUCUGCCUCAAGCUCGGCUUCUCUCACCCCGUCGAGAUGGGCGUCCCCAAGGGCAUGAAGGCCAGCACGCCGCAGCCGACAAGAAUCCUGCUCGAGGGCAUUAACAGAGAGCAGGUCAUGACCUUCGCCGCUGAUAUCAGGAGGUGGCGUGUACCGGAACCGUACAAGGGUAAGGGUAUCUUUGUCAACGGCGAGACCAUCAAGUUGAAGCAGAAGAAGAUCAAAUAGAGGACGCGCGGUGGGUUUUGGUGGUUGAUAUGGUUGUUGAUGAUUAUAAGGGGGGAAUAUUGUACAUUUAGUCUA